AUGGGGAGUUCUUCCAACGUACGGGUUGCCAUCAUUGGCGCGGGCAUCGCCGGCCUCGCUGCCGCCAUUGCGCUCAAGGACAACCCCUCCAUCGAGGUGCAGGUAUACGAGCGGGCUCCUGAACUCAGAGAAAUAGGGGCGUCAAUAGCGCUCGGGCCCAAUGGUAUGAGGACCCUCGACAGACUGCGCGUCUAUAACGCUCUGCACGACUCGGUGGCAUUCCGCAACAAGUCCGGGCUGCCCAUGAUAUAUCGUCACUACAAGACCAAUGAGGUAGUCUCUGUCGACAAGCACAAAGGUGCCGUCUCCCAACGACACCAGACCGCUCGCUACUAUAGGGUUCACCUCCAAGCUGCCCUUGCCGAGCACAUCCCAGCAACCCAGAUUCACUUCUCCAAGGCGUUCCAAUCCGUCUCCUUUGACGCUGGAACCCAGAGCCUCCGGAUCCGCUUCGCCGACGGCUCAACGGCCGAGGCGGAUGUCCUCCUAGGUGCCGACGGCAUCCACUCGGCCGUGCGGCGGCACUUCGUGCCGUCCUCGCAGACCCGAUGGACGGGCUGGACUACCUUUCGCUCCGUCUUCCCCGUGGAUCCACACCUGGCACACAUCGCGGACCUCCCGGACGAGGCCGUGCACAUUUGGGGCCCCGACCGCACCCUGUUCCUCAGCCACCUCGGCCGCGGGCUCUUCACCGUCGUCGGCUCCACGCAAUCGGACCCCCAGGCGCCCAGUGCCCCGUACCAGGACGCAACGUGGAACGAGGAGGGCGAUGUAGCGGUGUUGAGAGGGUUUUAUAAGGAGUGGAGCCCCCUCGUGAGACAGAUCGUAGAUGCGGUGCCAUUUACGAGGGUCUACCCGAAUGCGACGGCGCAUGCGCUGGACUCGUGGGCCUUAGGUGGAGGGCAGGCCGACGACAGAGACGAAGGCUCUGGAUCAGGUGCGAGAACGAGCAGUGGGAAGAGGGUCACGUUGGCUGGAGAUGCGGCACACGCACACGGCGGGGCCUUUGCGGCCGGCGGAAGUCUAGCACUGGAUGACGCGUGGGCAUUCGCGAUGGCCAUCAAGCACGCCUUCCCUGCGCACCAACUGCAAGCGAGAGACCGGGGAUCCGUGGGGGAGAACAUCGAGAGAGCUUUGCGGCUAUACGAGCGGACGAGGAAGGGACAUACGGACCGUGUUAUGCGCGUCGUGGCUCAGAACAACGCCAAGACCGUCGACAGGCACAGGGAGGCGGGUGGCGGGUGGCGCGAGACGGACGACGAGCUGAGGGUUAGGAUGCAGAAUCGAGCAGACACCAGCUGGAUCCAUGAGCAUGAUGUCGUGGAGGCCUUUGCGGAGGCGCUGGCGGACGAGGAUCCCUCACAGGGAGAACUGCAAGCGCAGCUAUGA